UCCAUACUGACACGUCAGGCUAAACCCUCUCCAAGCUCUCCCACCCGCCGCCGCCACCGUUCGCCGCCAUGGACGCCGGCGACGCCUCCACCUCUCUUGCUCUCACAGCCGUGGAAGCAUCUCCGCAGAGCCCCACCAAGAGGAACAAGAAGCCAGCCAAUCCGCCCAAGCGCUUCUUCCACACCCCAAUCCCGCCCUCCAUCCUCAACGACCCCACCCUCACCGCCGCCGCCACCUCCCUCCUCCCGGCCAACUACAACUUCGAGCUCCCCAAGACGGCACACCGCAUCCGCUCCGCGGGCGCCCGCCGCGUCGCGCUCCAGCUCCCCGAGGGGCUACUCCUCUUCUCGCUCCCCCUCUCGCACAUCCUCGCGCCCUACCUCGAGCCGGACCCCUCCAACGACGUCCUCGUCCUAGCCGACGCCACCUACGGAGCCUGCUGCCUCGCCGAUCGCCCCGCGAAGGCGCUCGCCGCCGACGUCCUCGUCCACUACGGCCACUCCUGCCUCGUCCCCGUCACGUCCUCCCUCCUCCCAGUGCUCUACGUCUUCGUCGAGAUCCGCGUCGACGCGACCCGCCUCGCCGCCGCCGUCCGCAACGCCUUCCCGGACCCAGCCGCCGCGCCCCGCCUCGCCAUCGCCGGGACCGUGCAGUUCAUCUCAGCAGUGCACGCCGCGCGCGAGAUGCUCACAAAAGAGGGGUACCGCGACAUCGUCGUGCCACAGGCGAAACCGCUGUCCGCUGGCGAAAUUCUGGGGUGCACCGCCCCGACGCUGAAGAAUUCAGAGGCGGUGGGUGCGGUGGUGUUCGUCGCUGACGGGAGGUUCCACCUCGAGGCGUUUAUGAUCGCCAAUCCAGGGGUGAAGGCCUAUCGUUUUGACCCAUUUCUCGGGGUUCUUGUGCUGGAGGAGUAUGAUCAUAUUGGCAUGAAGCAGGCGAGGAAAGCGGCAGUGCUGGCAGCGAGGAGGGCGAAGAGCUGGGGAGUGAUACUCGGCACACUGGGGAGGCAGGGAAGUGUGAAGGUUCUUGACAGGGUGGUGGAGCAUUUGGAGGAGAAAGGACUGGACCACACGGUGGUGCUCAUGUCGGAGAUGUCCCCGUCGAGGAUGGAGCUGUUUGGGGAUUCAAUUGAUGCUUGGGUACAAAUUGCUUGCCCUCGCUUGUCCAUUGAUUGGGGGGAGGGCUUCAAGAAGCCAGUGCUGACGACCUUUGAGUUCGAUGUCGCUCUGGGUUACGUCCCUGGGUGGUGGGAGAAGGACAGCAGGGAAUGUGGUGGCGACCGUGGUAGUGGGUGUUGUUCAGGAUCAGGAACUUGUGGAGAUUGUGAUUGUUCCAGUGGGGAUUUUGGAGGUGACUACCCGAUGGAUUAUUAUUCGCAAGAUGGAGGUGAUUGGAAUAGCUGCUACAUGAAGAAGAAGCCAUCUGCUGGUGAGAGGAAGCCACGGGUUCAGAUUGCAGGCAACGGAGUUGAAGUCAUGGAGAAGCGAUGAAAUUGAGCACUGUUGUCAGGUAGUGAGGUGGCAUCAUGGCAUUCAGAAAUUUUGACACCAGAGUUCAGUGUUGUUGUGCACCCAACGCUAGUUACGGAGAGGCUGGAGAAACUUGCCGGUGCCAUCUGGAAGUUUUUUUUAAUAUCAAAUCACCAUCCACUCUAUCAGAAAAGCCAAUGCCAUAUCUUGAGACAGUGUGUACCUGUAUACCAUAUACAGUAAUUUUGUACUAUUGUGUAAUUUUUCAUGGUAAAGAUGUUCUGCCUGAUUUUUCAUGGUAAUUGUAUCAGCUAGCUAGUAUAUUUGUAUCUCACUUUUAACUUGUAACUUGGGAUGGUAAUAUUAAAUGAAAAUUCGGUCGACCCAAUGAUUUAGAGAAAGUAAAACUUGCACCUCCA